GUUGAUUGACGACCUAUCAUAUGAAGAUGUGAAGAAAUGCUACAGGGGUUCGACUGUCAGCAAGUACAACUCGCAGUACCACAAACUCUUCCAGUGCGUUCCGAAGGACGAGAUCCUAAUGAAAGUAUACUCCUGCGCUCUGCUCCGAGACAUCCUGCUGCAAGGCCGUCUUUAUAUCUCCAGAAACUGGCUGUGUUUCUAUGCCAACCUCUUUGGCAAGGACAUCAAGGUUGCUAUCCCCGUGGUCUCUGUGAGGCUGGUAAAGAAGCACAAAACGGCAGGUCUGGUGCCCAACGGCCUAGCCAUCACCACAGAUAGCAGUCAGAAGUAUGUCUUUGUGUCUCUGCUGUCCAGGGACAGUGUGUAUGACGUGCUCCGGAGGAUCUGCACACACCUUCAGGUCAAUGGGAAGAGUCUGAGCUUGAAACACUACAUGGAGGUUCCCCAUACCUUAUCUUUGGAUGAGUUCCCGGUGGUGGAUGAGUUCCCGGGGGUGGAUGAGUAUCCUCCGGUGCUGAAGUGGAGGAGAAAACCCUCGGUGGUGUCCGUGUCCUCGUCCCUCCCUGACCUCCUGGGUAGCUCCACCGGUAGCCUGACUGCGGUGGACUCUCCUUCCAGACAGACCAGCCUCUGGAAGGUGAGAAGGGAGGACAACUAGCCUGGACCAACAUUGGUUUAUGCUGUAUUAUAGCCAACACUUGUUUGGCAUGAGAAUGACCGUAGGGGUUUGGGCAAGACGACACAGCAGAUCUGGGACCAGGCUAGAGACAACCUGUUUUUCGUGUAUUUAAUUUCACAAAGGACAGAUACAAUGGCGAACACAGCAUUUCUCAUAAUAGCAUAAUAUCAUAACAGCCAUGUCUUUGAGGCUAUGCCACAUGAGGUGAGUGCUGCGUUUUUUCUGGUGCAUUAAGAGAUUGGAGGUGUUCAGCUUGUCGACUCCUGGCCGGAGUUAACCAUUGAUGUUAGCCGACGGGGGCUUUGCCAUCACAUGUUUGCAGAAUGUUCAAUCCCUGAUUAUGUGUAGGAGGGGAACUGGGAAGGGAGAGUUGUGUUUGGAUGGGCACAACCCUCUUAUGCAUAACGGAUUAAGCACCAAAUUGAGAUUUUAGCAUGUAGAGACUUGCUCUGCCCUACUACUGUGUCCUGCUACUGUGUCCUGCUACUGUGCCCUGCUACUGUGUCAGACUACUGUACCCUAUACUCGUACCCUACAACUGUGCCGUACUGUACUGAACCCUACUACUUACUGUACCUUACAAACUGUUCCCUACUACUGUGCCCUACUACUGUACCCUACU